GGCCUGUUUCACUCCGCCCACAAAAUAUUUUGUUUAAAACCCGAAAAUUUCUUUAGAUUAGAAGAGCCGCCGCCACAGGGGCAAUUCCGUCAUAUAAAAUUUGAAACGCCCGUAAGUGAAAGCGGAGAUUCCAGAGUCCGAACUGGCUGCUCAUUAACCAUCUCACGGACAGGAAAGAAAGAAAAAGGUAGAAAUGGAUGAAGAGGAAUUUCGGCGUCUUCUUGAUCUCUUCCCUGUUGUCCGACCUCGCGAUUACCAUAUUGACUUAGAUCCAUCUAGGCAAUCCACUUCUCGGCGGCGGCAGAACGAGGAUGUGAAGAAAUGGCAGGACGCGUGGGAGGAGCAGGAGGGGGAUAACAAGGAAUCAAGUAAUCAAGCUAUUGAUUUACAUGAUGCAUUCUGGGAGAAGCUGAAGUUGGCAGCUGAAGAGAAGAUGGGAACGGCAGAGGCCAAAAAAUUUUGUAAUGCUUUUCAACAAGUUCACAGGCGACUAAAUUUGUAUAUAUCCAGGUAUAUGAAGAGCUGAGUUUGGACGCUGCCCGUAGCUUUAUAAACUCAACGAGAAGGUCUGGAAAACAGAUUUCUUCCUAGCUGUAGAUUCAUUUUCUCAUAUUGCUUAUGCAGUUGGCAACUAUUAUCCUUUGAAGGAAAGAAAACAUUGUGAUGUAGUUUCUGUAAUUGAUUGCUGUAUAUUUCUUUUAAGUUUUUUCUUUUACGCCAUGCAUGAGUAGGUGGGGAAUGAAAGGGAUUCUUUCCCAAAUUUAGGAGUAUUA